CCCCAUUCCCAGCUCUCCGGUGCCGGGUCCGGUUCCCGGUUCCCGGUGCCGGUUCCCCAUUCCCGGUUCCCCAUUCCAGUUCCUCAUUCCCGGCUCUCCAGUGCCCGUUCCGGGUGCCGGUUCCCCAUUCCCGGUUCCCCAUUCCCGGUUCCCGGUGCCGGUUCCCCAUUCCCGAUUCCCGGUGCCGGUUCCCCAUUCCCGGCUUUCCAGUGCCGGUUCCCGGUGCCGGUUCCCGGUGCCGGUUCCCCAUUCCCGGCUCUCCGGUGCCGGUUCCCGGUGCCGGUUCCCCAUUCCCGGUUCCCCAUUCCCGGCUUUCCAGUGCCGGUUCCCCAUUCCCGGUUCCCCAUUCCCGGUUCCCGGUGCCGGUUCCCGGUGCCGGUUCCCCCAUUCCCGGCUCUCCGGUGCCGGUUCCCCAUUCCCGGUUCCCCAUUCCCGGCUCUCCAGUGCCGGUUCCCGGUGCCGGUUCCCCAUUCCCGGCUCUCCGGUGCCGGUUCCCCAUUCCCGGUUCCCCGUUCCCGGUUCCCCAUUCCCGGCUUUCCAGUGCCGGUUCCCGGUGCCGGUUCCCCAUUCCCGGUUCCCCGUUCCCGGUUCCCCAUUCCCGGCUUUCCAGUGCCGGUUCCCGGUGCCGGUUCCCCAUUCCCGAUUCCCGGUGCCGGUUCCCCAUUCCCGGCUCUCCGGUGCGGUCCCGCCCCCCGCCCCGCCCCUCUCCGCCGCCGCCGCCGCCGCCGCCGCCGCCGCCGCCCUUUGUCCGUGGCCUCGGGCCCCGCCAUGGCGCUGCGGUGAUGCGCGGCGGGGCCGGCCCGGGGGCGGCGGGGCCGAGCGAGACCGGGAGCCCCAUGCGGGGGCCGCCGCCAUGGGGCAGGUCCUGGGCUUCGCCCACUGCAAAGAGGCUCCGUCCACGGCCUCCACCACACCGGACUCCACCGAGGGUGCCGACUCGGAUUUCCCGGAGCUGCCGGCGCCGGAGCCCCCCGAGGAGGAGGAGGAGGAGGAGGAUGAGGAGGAUGAAGAUGAAGACGAGGAGCGGGCGGCGGCUUGGGGGGUCCCCGGGGAUCCCCCCAACCUUGGGGACCCCCCCCCCGGGAACUCACCUUCUCCUACAUCGCCUUCCGGCCCGGGGGGGACCCCCAAACCCAACCGGGACCCCGGGGCCGCCGGGACCCCCGGGACCCCCGGCGGGGCCGCCCCUCCCCCCGCCUGA